UAAAUGAAUACAAUGGUGUUACAGUGGAUGUGAACUAAGAGUGUCAGUGAGGGGCCGUGACACCAUCGCCCGUCAGUCCCUACAGAGCAGUGGUCGUAUUUACAACACUAACGUAAUGAUGCGGGUAGCUAAGUGUCCACACGAGGAGUUGUCCUUCACCAACUGUGUCAUUGUGAACGAGAGCGACUUCCCUGCCAGUGUCAAGUAUGUACGGAUUACUGCUGACCAGGGGAAGCAGUACUUAUACACUAUCAAGCAGGAUCGUGCAGUCAGGCCCGGACACAUGGGUUUUAAUGCCAUUCAGCGGAAGGAGGCCAUGCUCUCCUUGGACCAAGAGAUCCGUGUUGAGCCGUUUGUUCACAAUCUCAAAACACAGCUGAUUGGCACAUUGGUGAUGGAGGCAGACUUCCUACAGAAGAAGAACACCACUAACCAGUCAUAUAAUACUGACCAGAUGGCACUACUAUUUUUGGAACAGUUUGCAAAACAUUGUUUUACUGUUGGUCAACCUAUAGUGUUUAGGUUCCAGGACAAGAAGACUCUUUCUUUAACAAUCAAGGAAAUUGAAGUUGCUGACCCAGAAGCUCUUGCGUCAGGCAAGAAAAGUAAACCUCGUAAUAUUGACUUCGGUAUUCUGCAGCCAAAUUCUUCUGUUAUUUUUGAGAAGAGUGAAGGCUCUUUCUUAAUACUUACUGGCAAAGCAAAGGCCCGGUCUUCCCACACAAGUCUCUUCACUGCAGAUUGGGACUUCCAGAAGAUGGGUAUUGGUGGUCUGGAUGAGCAGUUUGUCCAGAUACUACGAAGGGCUUUUGCCUCCAGAGUUUUCCCCCCAGAAGUCACAGAACAAUUAGGCAUUCAACACGUGAAGGGACUCUUGCUCUUUGGACCACCAGGAACUGGCAAAACACUUAUGGCACGCCAAAUUGGAAAAAUGCUUAAUGCCCGAGAACCAAAAAUUGUUAAUGGUCCUGAGAUUCUUGACAAGUAUGUAGGAGAGUCUGAGGCCAACAUCCGCCGCCUGUUUGCUGAGGCAGAGGAAGAAGAAAAGCGUAUGGGUCCAAAUUCUGGUUUGCACAUAAUCAUAUUUGAUGAGAUAGACGCUAUUUGUAAACAAAGAGGUUCUGUAGCUGGCAACACUGGUGUCAACGAUACUGUUGUAAAUCAACUACUAUCAAAGAUUGAUGGUGUGGAACAGUUGAACAAUAUCUUGGUGAUUGGCAUGACCAACAGAAAAGAUAUGAUGGAUGAGGCCUUACUUAGGCCCGGUAGGCUAGAAAUUCAAGUCGAGAUUGGACUGCCGGAUGAACAGGGUCGUUUUGACAUUCUCAAAAUUAAAACGGCCAAGAUGAGAGAUAAUAGUGCGCUGGACCAGGAUGUUGAUCUUGAAGAAAUUGCUUCCUUAACUAAAAAUUUUUCUGGUGCAGAAAUUGAGGGUCUUGUAAAAGCUUCUGCAUCAUCUGCUUUGAAGAGAUACAUUCACCUUGGAAAUAAGAUUGAAGUGGAUCCCAACGUGAUCGAUAAACUUAAGGUAACACGAAGCGAUUUUAUUUAUUCUCUUGAAAAUGAUAUAAAACCCUCACUGGGUACUAGUGAUGAGGCACUCUCCAAGUUUAUUGAGCGAGGCAUAAUAAAUUGGGGAGCAACAAAAGAGCUUGCAGAAAAAGGAAUGAUGUUUGUGAAACAGGCACAAUCUCCCGAGACGAGCAAUUGCCUCCGUUUACUGCUGGAAGGAGCACCGACUGCAGGAACGUCAGCACUGGCAGCAUACUUGGCAAAGAAUUCUGACUUCCCCUUUAUUAAGGUUAUUAAUUCUCGUGACAUGAUUGGAUUUAUGGAGUCUUCUAAGUGUUUGCGCAUUAGCAAGAUAUUUGACGAUGCUUACCGCUCCGAGUUGAGCUGCAUCUUUAUGAAUGAUCUGGAACACUUGAUGGGUUAUUCACCAAUUGGCCCACGCUACCAGUCUCUUGUUCUGGAUGCCCUAUAUUCUCUUCUGUCAGCCUCUCCACCCUCAGGGCGUAAACUCCUUGUCAUUUGUACAACCAAACGACGAUCUGUUUUAGAAGAACUGGGCCUCCUUUCAGCCUUCACUGCUGUAAUAAGAGUGCCCUAUAUUGCACACCAAGAUGAUGUUAAGCUUGUUCUGGAGGAGUCACAAGCCUUAUCUCCUAAAGAAAUUGAUGCAGUAAUGAAUCAAAUUAGCCACGGGCGAAUCUACGUGGGAGUGAAAAAAUUAUUAGGUCUUCUCGACUCCAUGCGCGUAAUGAAGGGAGUCGAGUCACGCAAGAGAGUGGCUGCUUUUGUAAACUUGCUGGAAGAUGAAGGAGUGUUCACACCUCAACUCUGAAUCUGAUCUUAGGUUUAUGAUGUCACUCAGGUAUUUGAUGACAAUGGUUGUAUUAAAGUGGUAGUAAAUAUUAGAUAACCUGGCCUAACCUAAUGUAAAGAUAAGAAUCAAAUACCCUGGUACAGUAACUUGAAUAAUUAUUUCUGAAGUAAUAUUAUGAUGUAAAUUACAGUACUGUACUGAUUAAUGUAAAUGUUAAUAUAUAAACAAUGGAAUAUUCUGUAAAGAACAAAUAUACAGUAAAUCAAUUAUUUAUCACAAGUAUAUUUAAAGAUAAACUUAUAGAAGGAAAAUUAAGGAUGAAAUAACCACUAUCAUAUUUGCAAAGGAAAGUAAAUUUAUAUACAGUACUGUACUGAUAUAUAGUGUUCAUUAAGUAGUCAUCAACAUUUAAAACAGAGAAAUAACAGUGAAAAACUACAUCAUAACAUGAAGUGAAUAGUUAGGUUUUAGGGGAAAUUUUUAGCUAUGUCAGCCACUCUUGUCAAUAUCAGAAUCCUUCAUCAUUAUCAUUUGGAGUUAUGAAGCAAAUGAACCUACAAUGAGUUUUGAUUUUUUAUGUAUAAUCCUCACUGGUCCAUAACACAAACUACCAAUCUCAAUCAUAAAUCUGACUAGGAGAGAAUAUUGAGAUGAUUCACACUGUUGUUAACUUCCAUGUUCCUGCUGUAGGAUAUUGAACUGCACAUUGAUUAGGUGCUUGAAUAUUGUGCUCAAACCAGUAUCCAUUGUGUUGGGUCUAAUGGGUCAUUCCUAAUACAGUACUGUACUUGUACCUUAUCGGGCUUCAAAAAAGGAAGCAUUGAAUAUUGUGUAGGCCAUACCAACGCUACAGUAGUAUUUCACAUAACUGUAUUAUGAAUUUUUUUUGUCAUAGCAGUACUGUACUCUUCCCCCCCACCCCGCCUCCCAUAUACAGUGCUGUAUUCAAAUUAUAAGGAGCAGAUACAGUAUGUAAUGGGCCACACACUGAUGUAUUGUAUAUUGAAACUGGUGGACCACAUAUUUAGCAUGUCAGGAUGUAAACACUGCUUUAUCUAACUCCUUCAGAGAGUUCAGUAUUUCAUCCUUGAUAUUAAUUUUCUCUUUCACAGAGUUCCUUCUAAGUCAGGCACCUCAUUAAACUAUCAAUCUUCAACAUUGUACACCAAAAACAGAGGAACUAUCAAGCACAAGAGGUAUCCAUUACUCCCUUACUGAUCAUUUGUUUCCUUUAGAUAUUGUAAGAGUGGUUAACACAAUGAUAUUACUGUAUUUUAUGAAUUUUUAUGAAAGCAGUAUUAAGAAUUUAUGAUACAAUUUAUGAUUAAAGUUACAAGGUGCCGUAUGUAUGUAUGUUGUGAAAUACUGGAUAGCCGUGUUUAUCAGCCAUCGCAUGAGCAGAAAAUAGAAUUAAUGAUAAAUUAAAAAUUAUAAUGCACGUAUUUAUGUUUAAUUUGAAUAUACAGGGUAUAGAUAAUGAAAAUAUUAAGUAAACUUGAACGAGAGUUAACUUUGUGUAUGCGCUUAAAAGUUGACAAAUUUUUUGGCUAAAUCGUUAACUCAUAUGGCUGGGAGACUGCUCCCUAUAGUGAGACAGACUCGGACUGUUUCAAUGUAUGUAAGAAUAUGUCUUUCAAGAUUUGUAGAAGUUUAGUUGAGUGGUACACAAUUGUAAUGUAAAAUUUAACACAGUACUUGUUAUUGCUUAGGAACAACAUUUCUCUUGCUAAUAUAAUGUUGAAGGCUGUGAAGAUGGCUCCUAUAAGUUUGAAGGUCUUCUAGGGGCAGUGUUGAUAAAGCACACUGAAAACUAAGCCUGCAUUGCACAAGGAGACAACAUAGAUGCCACUGCUUUAUACAGUUUUCUAAUUUCCCAACGGUGUCAACAGGGAACGUCUUUCAUAAUGGCCAGCUGCAGUAUUUGAAUCGAUAUAUCCACUUGCCACCACACCUCUCUAGAAAGACACUAAACAUAUGAAAAUAACGUGAAAAUAGACUUUAGAGUGAUUCUGUGUAUUUUCUCCUUAUUAUCAUAUACUACAGGUAUUUAUGUACCUACAUUAUUCUUUUCAGGUAAUUUGUUAUUUCUAAGUAAUAUCCAUUACCCUGUACUGUGGAUGAUACAUGUAAUACAACUCUGCUUAAGAGAUGUGUACCACUAAAGUGAGCAUCUUACAAAUCCUAAAAAAACUUCACUGUGACCUAUCACGCCUUACGUAAGAUAUCACCACAACACUGAGGUUACAUUAUGGUCCCUUGGUGGUGUUAUUUAUUUGUUAAUAUUACACAAAUAUAAUUGCUGGAGAAUCUCCAGUUCAGUCUUGCAACAUUCCAGAUGUUUGAUUGUUUGGCCAGUGUCUUUAUACUGUAUUUUGUAAAAAUUUUGCCAGAUUUUGCAAAAUUCUAUAAAAAAACACAUUGUAGAAACAAUUACUUAGCAGUAUUGAUCAGUUUGGUGAUUUUAAACCCAAAUGGAUUAAAGUUUGCAGUAAUUUGACCAGUAAAAAGAUAGUUUGCUAAAGUUAUGAUAUACUGUAUUCCAGUCUUAAGCUUAAUUAGAAUAGGUACUCUGUAUAUUUAGAGGUCGUUUGGUCAAUGGCAAUAUAUUUCCAGGGACAUAGAGUACUAUACAUAUAUACAGAUAGCAACAAUAAUCAAGCCUUAAGUUUGCUCUGCGGUCAUCUACCACCCCUUCUCCCUUUUUGUCUUUUAUAAUUCUAAUUGCUUACUUCAGUCCUUCAAGUAAUAUGUUCAGUAGCUUCCGUCUUCUUCUUGCCACCAGGAAACAUAAGAGGCAGUGUUGGGGCCUUCAGGAAGGAACUUGAACAUUUUCUUUAAAGCUUCAUGAUUAACCAGGAUGUAUUGUAGUGAUUAUGUUGGUGUGCUGGCUGCUGGUCAUAAUAAAAUGGUUAACCAGAUUAUUAUUAUACAGUAUCUGAAUCACUGUGGUCACCACUGUAUAACAGGACAUGAUGCAUUACAUGUUAAUUGAUUAACUAGUUUUAAUGUGUAUAUGAUACUUUAUUUAUUGAUUUUGUAACUGUGAGGAAUUUAUGAGUCUAUUAGAAGUACUGUUGAAUGAUAUGCAUAAGGUUGUCAAAAGUCAGAUUUUCCUGCUGAUUAUUUUGUCAGUGAUUAGUUGCAUCCCCUAAAAAGACACCACAUUUACCUCUGGCAGGUGUAUCCUACCUGUCAGGUGUGCUGCACUUACUGUAUUGUCAGUACAGUAUGAUGUCUCCUCCAUAAAUUUCAAACUGCAUCACCUUAAAACCUUCCAUUUAUACUGUACUCACUGACAGUAUAUUUUUAAUUUUGAGGCUUAGUGGCAAAGUUCUGAACUAUGAUAUACUGUAUCUCAAGUACCAGCACAUUAUAAACUGUACAACAACAAUAAAUCUCUGUGUACUGUACAGAGAAAUUAUAAUUGAGUAGCCCUGCACAUCUAUUUCUGUAAUUAAACACUGAUAGAUAACUCGCACAAAAAAUGGGAAGGCAACAAAUACAAGAUUGCUUUCAUUAUGCCGUCUAUAUGCCGCCCUGCCUUUAACUAUGCCUAGGAAAGAUUACCUCCAGUACACCAUCAAUACUCACACACAUAUGCACACAUGUAUGCACACUCACUCACACACACAGUUCUUUUUUUAGUUUUUAUGGUAUUUUACAGUAGUUAUUUUUUUGCAUUAUAUUGAGUGUACCUGUAAAGUAUAUCGAAAAAUAUGUGGUGAAAGUUGCCAGCUGCGAAUGCAUUCCCUCCUAUUUACAUUAAUUCCUCUGGGGAAAAUUGCCCCGAUAUUCACAAAUUCAUUAUUCACAAUGACUUUUAGAAAUGCAUCAUUUGCGAUAACGUGGGUAUUAUUCCUGUACAGUCAUUGGUUUGAAUUUUGCAAUUGGGUUAGGAGUGAUGGUGAGAGUAGAAGUGUAUUGUGAUGAAAUGUAUUGAUCUGUGUUAUUGACACCUUUAUUUUGAAAAGAAAACAGAUAGUAGAGUAUUGUACUACACCUAAGUGUACUUUAAAACUAUUGUAUUAUGGCUGUGCAAAUAACAUUCCAAAUAUUCAUAAAAUUAACAACUUAAAAUGGACACACUCAGUGUUGUUGCUUUAUAUCAUGAAAAUUAUGCAGAUUUUAGUUAUUGGUGAUGGAAAAUUACCAUGUUGGAAUGAUAUUUUGAAAUGGCAAAUAGUGAGUGAUAUGUACUUUACAGUAAUGUGCAGUAUGUGAAUAUUGUAUGGUCUUUGAUAAUUUUGUAUGGCCCCAUAUUUCAGUACACAGCAGUUCUUUGUUAAUGUGUUCAUAUCAAGAGUUCUUUCUUAUUCUGAAUCUAGUAGCCAAAAAACUUCACACUUAUAAUUUUGUUUUAAUAAAAUUAAAAAACAUUGAA